AUGAGAUUCCCAAUAGGAAAAGUCGGAGAUAGGAUUCCCGAGAACAUGAGAUUCCCAAUAGGAAAAGUCGGAGAUAGGAUUCCCGAGAACAUGAGAUUCCCAAUAGGAAAAGUCGGAGAUAGGAUUCCCGAGAACAUGAGAUUCCCAAUAGGAAAAGUCGGAGAUAGGAUUCCCGAGAACAUGAGAUUCCCAAUAGGAAAAGUCGGAGAUAGGAUUCCCGAGAACAUGAGAUUCCCAAUAGGAAAAGUCGGAGAUAGGAUUCCCGAGAACAUGAGAUUCCCAAUAGGAAAAGUCGGAGAUAGGAUUCCCGAGAACAUGAGAUUCCCAAUAGGAAAAGUCGGAGAUAGGAUUCCCGAGAACAUGAGAUUCCCAACAGGAAAGGGACGGAAGGGACGGCGAUUGGAUUCCCGAGGAUGUGAGAUUCCCACCAGGAAGGGACGGCGAUUGGAUUCCCGAGAAUGUGAGAUUCUAAACAGGAAGGGACGGCGAUUGGAUUCCCGAGGAUGUGAGAUUCCCACCAGGAAGGGACGGCGAUUGGAUUCCCGAGAAUAUGAGAUUCUCACCAGGAAGGGACGGCGAUUGGAUUCCCGAGGAUGUGAGAUUCCCACCAGGAAGGGACGGCGAUUGGAUUCCCGAGAAUGUGAGAUUCCCACCAGGAAGGGACGGCGAUUAGAUUCCCGAGAAUAUGAGAUUCUAACCAGGAAGGGACGGCGAUUGGAUUCCCGAGGAUGUGAGAUUCCCACCAGGAAGGGACGGCGAUUGGAUUCCCGAGAAUGUGAGAUUCCCACCAGGAAGGGACGGCGAUUGGAUUCCCGAGAAUAUGCGAUUCCCACCAGGAAGGGACGGCGAUUGGAUUCCCGAGAAUGUGAGAUUCCCACCAGGAAGGGACGGCGAUUGGAUUCCCGAGAAUGUGAGAUUCUCACCAGGAAGGGACGGCGAUUGGAUUCCCGAGAAUAUGCGAUUCCCACCAGGAAGGGACGGCGAUUGGAUUCCCGAGAAUGUGAGAUUCCCACCAGGAAGGGACGGCGAUUGGAUUCCCGAGAAUGUGAGAUUCUAAACAGGAAGGGACGGCGAUUGGAUUCCCGAGAAUAUGCGAUUCCCACCAGGAAGGGACGGCGAUUGGAUUCCCGAGAAUGUGAGAUUCCCACCAGGAAGGGACGGCGAUUGGAUUCCCGAGAAUAUGAGAUUCCCACCAGGAAGGGACGGCGAUUGGAUUCCCGAGAAUGUGAGAUUCCCACCAGGAAGGGACGGCGAUUGGAUUCCCGAGAAUAUGAGAUUCCCACCAGGAAGGGACGGCGAUUGGAUUCCCGAGAAUAUGAGAUUCCCACCAGGAAGGGACGGCGAUUGGAUUCCCGAGAAUAUGAGAUUCCCACCAGGAAGGGACGGCGAUUGGAUUCCCGAGAAUGUGAGAUUCUAAACAGGAAGGGACGGCGAUUGGAUUCCCGAGAAUAUGAGAUUCCCACCAGGAAGGGACGGCGAUUGGAUUCCCGAGAAUAUGAGAUUCCCACCAGGAAGGGACGGCGAUUGGAUUCCCGAGAAUGUGAGAUUCCCACCAGGAAGGGACGGCGAUUGGAUUCCCGAGAAUGUGAGAUUCCCACCAGGAAGGGACGGCGAUUGGAUUCCCGAGAACAUGAGAUUCCCACCAGGAAGGGACGGCGAUUGGAUUCCCGAGAAUGUGAGAUUCCCACCAGGAAGGGACGGCGAUUGGAUUCCCGAGAAUAUGAGAUUCCCACCAGGAAGGGACGGCGAUUGGAUUCCCGAGAAUGUGAGAUUCCCACCAGGAAGGGACGGCGAUUGGAUUCCCGAGAAUAUGCGAUUCCCACCAGGAAGGGACGGCGAUUGGAUUCCCGAGAAUAUGAGAUUCCCACCAGGAAGGGACGGCGAUUGGAUUCCCGAGAAUAUGAGAUUCCCACCAGGAAGGGACGGCGAUUGGAUUCCCGAGAAUGUGAGAUUCUAACAGGAAGGGACGGCGAUUGGAUUCCCGAGAAUAUGCGAUUCCCACCAGGAAGGGACGGCGAUUGGAUUCCCGAGAAUGUGAGAUUCCCACCAGGAAGGGACGGCGAUUGGAUUCCCGAGAAUGUGAGAUUCCCACCAGGAAGGGACGGCGAUUGGAUUCCCGAGGAUAUGCGAUUCCCACCAGGAAGGGACGGCGAUUGGAUUCCCGAGAAUGUGAGAUUCCCACCAGGAAGGGACGGCGAUUGGAUUCCCGAGAAUGUGAGAUUCUAA